AUGGGGUUUGAUGAAGGCAGCAUAAUUUUAAAUAGUGAAAAUGGAACUUACUAUGCCGGACAAACUAUUUACGGAAAAUUGGUAUUUCAACAAGACAAGGUCAAAACUUUUCGAGGGAUAUACGUUAAAAUAAAAGGUUUUUGUAAAGUACACUGGACUACCAACCACACUCGAAGAGAUGGUGACCGUUACCACUCAUACCAUAAAGUUCAUGAGUCCCAUGAGGAGUAUUUCAGUAAAAAAUUGUAUCUUCUAGGCAGUGAAGAUGGAGAGUACCACCUUCAGCCUGGUAAAUAUGAGCUUCCGUUUGAUUGUACAAUUCCUGCUUACUGCCCAUCAUCUUUUGAAGGCACUUAUGGCCAUGUUCGCUACGAGAUUAAAAUUGUAGUUGAUAGAGCUUUUAAGUUAGAUCAGGAGAAGAAUAUGAGUAUACGGGUUAUCGCUCCAUUAGAUCUGAAUGUGGAACCAUAUUGUAAGGAACCGAUGCAGUUUGACCUAGAAGACACAUAUAGUUGCUGCUGCAUGAGCUACGGCUCCAGUGAGACCGUUGUUAAACUGCCUGUGUCUGGGUACUGCCCCGGGCAGGUUAUACCCAUUGAGGUGAACUGUUCAAAUCAUGGCAAGGUUAAGGUUGACAUCAAUCUCUCCAUUAAAAAGAAAAUAACCUUCCAUGCAUCUGUAAACCCGGACACGAGGCACGAAUCGGAAACGAUAGCGGAGAUCAAAAAGGGUCCCAUCCCCGGAGGAACCACCAGAAGCUGGAUAGUGGAUAUGGAGGUGCCUGAUAUAGAUGUGUGUAACGUGGGAACCUGUCGGUACAUUGAUAUAGACUAUGAGUUUCAGGUGACCGUUAGUCCUGAAGGAUGCCACUCGGACAGUGACGAUACUAGGCGUAUUGUCAUCGGCACGAUGCCGCUGGUGGGGCAACAGGAUAACGUACCGAAUCCUCUACAAGACCAAAUGCCGAUCUGGAAUCAAUCUAUGUUUCCAGCGAGCCCCUAUCCACCGAACCCUUACCCCAUUGCAAAUCCUCCCUAUCUUGGUGAAAACUCCGCGCAUCCGUCUCAAAACUCACCAUAUACUGGCACAAACCAACCUCAUCCAGGUGUAACUCCGUCUUACCCCAAUGCAAACCAACCUUAUCCAGGUGCAGCGGCUCCUUACCCUGGCGCAACUUCGCCCUACCCCUUAAAUCCGCAAAUGAACAAUUCACCAUAUCCAGGUUCUAGUGCACCUAGUCCAAAUCCAUCAUAUCCCACUUCAUCUGGUCCGGUUAACCCACCUUAUUCCGCAUUCAAUUCGACUCCAAAUCAAAGCUUGGCUCCUUAUCCCUCUAACAAUUCACCUUAUCUGGCGCAAAACCCAUCGCCAAACCCCAACGUCAGCCCUUACCUCGGUAGUCCCAAUCAAGCCAAUGUCCAGUAUCUGGGAAUCCAUCGCAGCCCAGUUUUAACAGGGAGUAGCACCUCAAUGAAGACAGGAGCCAUUGGUUUGGUUGGACAACUUGAUACUAAAGCUGUCCCAAUACCAUCACUACCACCUGGCAGUGGUGUACCUUGUCCUACUACUCCCACAAACAAUCCGUACGCUACAGCCAGCGCGCCUGAACCCGCUACACCCGAUGAUGAAAAAAAAACCGACCUGCCUUGCAACCCUGAACACAUCGACAAGAAAGACGAAAAAUAA